AUGCAAGUCGAAAUUGUUAAAAGCAAUCACGGUAAAAAGAAAUUUCGCAGGCCGGAACGCUCGAUUCCCGAAGAAUUGAAAAGUUCUUUACUGGAACAAACAACUCCUCGCAAACUUUGGGUACCUCAGGAUGGAAUUCAAGCCAAAAUGACAAAAUUAAAUGAUAAUGACGAAUUUCAACGAAAUGCGCCGCCACCUACUCGUCCCUUAUUCGAUCAUCGUAGGGACCCUAUUAUUUUGGUGCCAAAAGCUAGCAUUGGACACGAAAAUCAAAAGUCAACUUUGAAUAACGCGUCAUUUAAAAAUGAAACUGUUAAUCAGACUCGUCGCGCUAGCGCUCAUUUCGGAUCUGGGACAAACGGAAAAAAGCUUUAUAACCCUUAUAGCGAUGAAGAAGGUGAUUCGAAGAAACAAACUCAGCGUGAUAUUCCUAAGCAUUCUCGUACACACACGCGAACCAAAAGUGCUCAUGAUGUUCUCAAUAGUAAUGAAAUUGUUAUAAACAAAGAAGAACGUGAUGCAAAAGUGUCAAAGAAUCUUGUCAAGGAGAUUGCGUUAAUGGAGAAGCAACUUUUGGAUCUUUCAAGCCAGAUCAAUAAUAAUGCCAUUGAUGAAGUACCGAAAAUUAGUUCUAGGCAAUAUCUUGUUAGUGAGGAGUAUUGGGAAGAAAGAAUGACCUUUCAUUUACGUUUGGCACAGAAAUACAUAGAGAUUAUGCAAGUUGACAAAAAUGUUGCAAUGAAACAAGACUUUGAAUCUAAAUGUUGGAAAUACGCUUUUUACACCCUGAUUGAAGAAUUUAGAAAUACGCUUUCAUUAGAGCGUGCUUCCACAGGACAUCGCUCUUACACUAAUUCUAUCGUCCUUAAGCAAUUCGGCAAAUUCUUGAACGAGGCCGAAACUUUUUAUAUAGAAUUAUUGAAAAAAAAUAUUCAAAAAACUAAAUCCAGCGAGAUUCCGCCCGAGAAUAGUCAACUUCCAAAAUGGUUUCGCUGUAUUGGUUGUUUAGGCGAUCUUGCUCGAUACAGGUGGACCUAUAGCUUAAAUGAUCAUGAAGAUAAAAAAAACGAAUGGGCUAUAAAUGCAUCGAAUUGGUAUAAAUUAGGAAUUACACUCAAUCCUUCAAAUGGGAAAUUCUAUCAUCAUCUAGCGAUAUUGGCUUCUAACGAUGAGAUGCAAAAGUUAUAUUAUCUUUGUCGCAGUCUUCUUGUUAAGUCUCCAUUUAUUAUUGCACGUGAAUCUGCAAUUCCGUUCUUUGAAGCCAAUCGACAACUUUUUAUACAAAACGCCAACGAUGCUAAACAAAAAACUCGUCGUGGAUAUCUACACAAACGUGAAAGUAGUUUGACUUGUAACACACCGAAAGCCACCAAACUUAUCUCAAAUCAAGAUAUUCAAUCUCUCUUUGUCCGAUUGCACGGAAUGCUCUUUACAAAGAUCGGUCUCGAGAAUUUCAAUGAGACUUUACGUACUUUUAUGCAUAAAACAUCCAAUAUUAAUUAUUUGCAAAAGAUCGAUAAGAUUGAAAAUCAAUAUUUUUUGGAGCUAUGCUUGCAAAUGGCCGUAAUAAAUCUUUCGAGCAUAUAUUGCUAUGGUAACAAUGAAGGUUCUUCUCUCAUUAAAGCGAUUGAAGCUUCUAUAAAUGAUCGGGAAAAUGAGGUUAAAAUUCUCGAUUCUGAUAUUGCAUUCAUUAAUGGAGCAAAUAUUACUUUUGAGCUUAUGAGGCAAUUUAUGGGCAAUUAUGUGUGUGAUGAGAUCAAUUCUGAAGAACACGAUAUCACUGAAGGGUGGCUUCUUUAUUGUGAAGUUGUAUUAAUGUGGAUGGCAGCAAGUUGCGCCUUUGAUAAUUUCGCAGCAGAAUCUCAAUCAAGUAUAUGGGAGAAGUUAUUCGGAAAAGCAAUUUGUCCUCGUUUUUGGGAGACCGUUGCAAAAUUUUUGACCAAAAUAACACGACAAGUCUUAGCCCAUACAAAAGAAAAGAUUAUCACAUCAAAUGGAUGCAUUUUUCCGCCUCCCCUAGCUGAAGAUUGGGAAUUGCGUGGAAUCUGUUGGUUACGACAAAUUCAUCCAAAUAAUUAUUUUAAAGAAGAAAUUGAUUUGUUAACGUCUAAUUUUAAUGUUGAAAAUAUUAAUGACUACAUUGCUCCAAUGUAUUCUUUGAAAUUGGACCCGGAUUCUAAAGUGAGAAGAAAAGCAAGAAUAUUUGAGUUAGGAAUUUUGUUAACAAAGAAAAUAAAUGGGUUUGAAUUCGAUGAAAAACUUGACUUCUUCUCUUCGUUAUCCGAACUAGACGAAGAUGUAAAAGAAGUUAAAACAGAGCCGGAAUUGCUUUUUGAAAAUGAUCUUAGCGAACAAAGGCAGUCUGAUUGGGCCGAGGAGGUGGAACAUGUGAUUCAAAAGGAAUUGAGUGAUCAAGAAGAAGAUGAAAAUAUUAAGGAAUUGAAGGCACGCAGAGCAAGUCUAGAGAUGAAGACUGCUGCUCUAAUUGAUUCUCGUGUGACUCCAAAAAAAUCGCAUCUGAAUGAAAAAAAAACAGAGAUAACUCCAAUGAAAAAAAAGUCACCAAAACCAGCUUCCAAAAUUUUACCAGGAUAUACUACGCUCAUCGUUGACACAAAUUGUUUAGUAGGCGAUUUGCACGCUGUCAAAAGAAUUAUAAAGUCUGAAAAAUGGAAUGUGGUUGUACCAAUGGCUGUUAUUACUGAAUUGGCUGGAUUGACUUUGAAUCCGCCCCCGCUUGGAAAUUCGGCCACCGAAGCGCUUAAUUAUUUAAAACUAGCAAUGUCAAGUAGAACAAGGGAAAUAAAAUUAAAAGUACAAACAAGUAAAGGAAAUUACAUAUCAGAUAUUGGUUUCAAUGAGGAAUUCGACUUCGGAGAUGGAGAAGAUAAGAAGAAAAAUCUCGAUGACAUUAUUUUAGGAAUUUGCUUGUGGCAUGCAAAGGAUCAUCCCGAUACUAGCAAUCAAAACAAUGGAACUCAAAAUGAAAAAGUGGUUCUUUUGACAAAUGACAGGAAUCUUCGAGUGAAAGCACGCGCAAGAGAUGUUAACGUCGUUAAUGUCCAGGAUUUUAAGAAUCUCAUUGGAUGA